AUGACAUCACUUCCAUCUCCAAAAAAGUAUUUUUUACAAUCUAUUAUAAAAAAUAAUUUAUUAUAUGAUUAUCGAUUCUUUUCAUACUGCUGGUUUCAUACUGCUAUAUUAAGUGUUGGAAUUCCAUUUCCAGAGUAUCAGCAAGUAGCCAAUUCACCAAGAGGUUCACAGAAGAUAAGCAGAUCGGCCAUUGGAUCAACUAUAUUAGACAAUGAGCAACAUCAACUGAAAUUAGAAAAAAGCAACAUAUUAUUGCUUGGUCCUACAGGAUCUGGUAAAACGUUACUUGCACAAACAAUAGCGCAGUGUCUUGAUGUUCCAUUUGUGAUUUGUGAUUGUACAACUCUUACUCAAAGCGGCUAUCGUGGCGAGGAUAUAGAUACUACCAUAACUAAACUCCUUCAGAAUGCAAACAAUAAAGUGGAUCAUGCUGAAAUAGGCAUCAUCUUUCUAGAUGAAGUCGAUAAAAUAGCAAGUACCUGUGGAAACUACCAUGAUGUGGCUGGAAAGGGUGUGCAGCAAGAAAUGUUGAAGAUAUUGGAAGGAACAAUUGCAAAUAUAUCAGAGACAAUGACGAAAAAAGCAAAUAGGCUAAUACAAGUGGACACUACAAAUAUUCUCUUCAUCGCAUCAGGUGCUUACAGUGGUUUGGGCAAGUUGAUAGCACAUCGUAAAUUAGAGGAAUAUUAUAAACUCAACAAGAUAACUGCGGACAACAGCACUGCAUUUUUAGCUGAUCUUGCCAAUAUGUCGCUUUCCGAGAAAGAUAACAAAGAAAACAUGUUGCAACAAGUGGAGGCUAGAGAUCUUAUAGAUUUUGGCAUGAUACCUGAAUUUAUUGAUAGAUUCCCUGUACUAGUGCCUUUCCAAUCCCUCAACAAAACUGUGCUAGCAAGAAUUCUUAUUGAACCAAAAAAUGCUAUUAUUCCUCAAUAUCAGAUGUUAUUCUCGAUGGACAAAGUAGAGUUAACGUUCGAUCUGCACGCAUUGGAUGCAAUUGCUUCUUUAGCAAUGGAAAGAAAAACAGGAGCACGAGGUUUGCGAUCG